ACUGUAUAAAACAGGAAAGGGAUAUAAAAAGAUAUCCAAGGAAUUGAGAAUGCAAAUCAGCAGUGUUCAAACUCUAAUCAAAAAGUGGAAAAUGAGGGGUUCUGUUGAAACCAAACCACGGUCAGGUAGACCAACUAAAAUUUCAGCCACAACUGCCAGGAAAAUUGUUCGGGAUGCAAAGAAAAACCCACAAAUAACUUCAGGUGAAAUACAGGACUCUCUGAAAACAUGUGGUGUGGCUGUUUCAAGAUGCACAAUAAGGAGGCACUGGAAGAAAGAUGGGCUGCAUGGUCGAGUCGCCAGAAGAAAGCCAUUACUACACAAAUGCCACAAAGUAUCAUCUAGUGAUGUUAUCAGUAAUAACCUGUGUUGUGCUGUGGAGCUAACAAUGGGCCCUGAGCGAGUCUUCCCUAACCAGAGUGAAGAACUUGGUGAUGCACAGGAGCCAACAGGGGGAUGGAGUGAUGGGGAGGAAGAGGAGGGGGAAGAUGGAGAGAUACAGAGCGGGUACCAGUACCAACCACUAAACCAGGACCCAGAGGAAGGGGCACAGGGGGAUAUCCAGGAGCGGCUGCAGGCAAUGCGGCUUCACCUACCUGACCCACCUGCAGACAGCGAUGAUGACGGUGAGGAGGAGAGCGACGCAGCUCACAGAUCCAUCCUAAUGGACGCAGCACACGUAGAGCUGGUGAAGAGCACCAUGGCUGGAAUCAAGUUGUCUAAUCUGUCCGUUCCUCAUUGGGCACAGCAGUUAUCGGACGCAGACUGGGAGCAGCUGGUUCAUCAGACCAUUGAAUCCCGAACCUCCACCCAUUCCAAGAAGUGACCUGGCUACCCACAGUGCUUUGUAAUUGGGACCACAUGGUGUCGGCUAAACUGAUGGGCCUCACCAAGUCUUGCUUGGACUAAUGAUAUAUGUGUAAAUAUAAAUGUAAGCUCUGCUCUAGGAGGCUUUAUCAGCGAGUUACAAUGAAUAACUGGGCUUUGGACACACAGGAGAUGAGAUAUUCUAGAUUGUUAUUUGAAUGAGAAAAAAAAACGUAUCUGGUUGAAUAUGGAAUAAACUGUAAUAUAAAAUA